AGCAGGCAUUUUUAUUCAUUUGUUUAAACAAUAAAUAUAUUUAUUAAACCUGAAUACCAGAAAAAAAGUAGAACAAAGUAGACUUAAACUACGGCUUUAAAUGUAAUAUAUUGAAUUUCUAUUGUGGGUGUAACAUGAUACAUAAUAUUUCAUAAAUCGAUCUUUACAAACCAUGGAUAGGCAAUACAAACCAUGGAAGAUACGGAAAUUGACUUGUCAGAUCAGGAGCCUACCAAGACUUUUUUUUCAAUAACCUAAUGAGAAGUAUAAAUCACUGGUUACAUUAUGGCAUCGCAGAAACUGUCAUCUUCACUAUCUCGAGGUGGUGCUGAAGAUUUUGACAUAUUCUGUGUACAAUGUGACAGAGAUGACAUCAGACUACCUGCCUUUGGUUACUGUGUGGAUUGUGAGGUACAUUUAUGUCAAACUUGCUUUAACACUCACAGGCGACCAAAAUCAUUAUGCCAUCACCAACUUCUAGACAAAGAUCACAUGCCACAUAAACAAAACCUCAGUAAGUCAAUAAAAUCUACUUCAGGUAAAAAAAAUGGUGAUUUAUCCAAGCCUUGUACCAAACAUACCAAAGAAGUGAUCAAGUUCUACUGUCAUGACCAUAAUACACUUAUAUGCAGCGUUUGUGUGAUCCUUGAACACCCAACAACAUCCUGCAAUGUAGACUACAUACCUGAUAUUUCAGAACAGAUUUUAGACAGCAUGGAGUACAAAGAAACUCUAAAAGAUAUUGACAAACUGACAGACAAAUGUUGCCAGAUUACAAAAGAUAUGAAAAAAAGAGUUGCUAAAUCAAAAACUUCUCUUGAAGAUGCUAUAGUAGAAAUAGAAAACUUUAGAAAAGAGAUAAACAAGAGAUUAGAUGAACUAGAAAAAGAAGUAAAGGAUAUUGCUUCAACAAUUGAACAUGACAACAACAAAAAGUUGAAAACAACAGAAACAGUUUGUAAUGACAUCAACAAAUCACUCCAAGCAUCAACUGAUACUCUAAAACAUCUCAACACCAACAAGAAAACUGACCAACUGUUUGCUGAAUUGAAAAUAGUUCAGCAACUGAUAUUACACAAUGAAAAUAUAACAAAACAACUACCAACAACCAAUGAUGUUGAUGAAUACAAUUUUGAAUCCAAUCAUGCUAUCAAAAAACUCCUUCAGAAUGAGAAAUCAUUAGGAACAUUGAGAAAAGGAGAACGGAUGCAACCAGCUCAACCAAUGAAUAAAACUGCUGUACCAAUGAAAAUGUCUACCCCUAUAAACAUCAUUGUUAAAACAUCCUCAGAUAAAAAUGAUUGCUACAUUUCUGGUAAAGCUGCCUCUCCUCAGAACCAAUUAUUUGUAGCAGAUAACAGUAAUUCCUCAAUUAAAAUGAUUGACAUAAAAACUGAUGCAAUCAAACAACUACAGCUUGAAUCAGACCCCUGGGAUAUCACCAUAGUGACCAGAGAUACACUUGCUGUUACAUUAAUAAACAUUAAAACAAUACAGUUCAUUUCCUUCUCCUCAAACUCUCUCGCAUUGAAAAACAAACUGAAAGUAGAUGGAGACUGCCGUGGAAUAAGCCAUCAUCAGGGGAAACUUGCAGUUACAUUUAAAUAUCCUGGUAAACUCCAAAUCAUGGACUUAAAAGGUAAUAUUAAAAUUACAGUUGAGAAAGAUUCCAAUGGUGACAAUAUUUUCAAUAGCCCAAGGUAUGUCACCACAAACAGCCAUUCAAUCUAUGUAUCUGAUAUAGGCACAGAUCAAGUUAUAUGGUUUAAUUGGCAGGGAGAAAUGAUAGGAAGGAAUGUAGACAUUGAAAGACCAAGGGGUAUUUCACUGUUAGAUGAUGGGUCCCUCUUUGUGAGUGAUUACAGGGCUGAAUGUAUAUAUAUAGUAAGUGGUGACUGUAAAGACACAACAACUGUACUGGAGAAUGUAGAGAAUCCUUAUGCUGUAUGUUGGUGUGCUGAAACCAGUACACUUUAUCUAAGUACAAACAGCUACAAAGCAGAGAGAAACAAUAUUAUCAAAAUGUAUAAAAUGAUGUAGAACCAAGCAAUGGUAAUCAAUGCAGACAUAAUAAAACAUAAACAGUUGUAAAUUAGAAAAGUAGCAUUGAUUACGUCAGAUUGUCGGCAAAAUCAAAGGUGUCAGCUGCAAGCAGGAUGUAGGGGAAUUUUUGGGAGAGCCCGUGGUGUACAUCAAAGGUAUCACGAGUUGACAGGGUGAUGAUGUGUUUGUGGGGUUUUUUUUAAAUCGUUCGAAGAGAAUUCUUUUUUUUUUUGAGAAUUUUUUGAGAAUUUCUUUCUCUUUUUUUUUAAAUCUUUUUUAUAUCUUUAUUGAACGCCCCCCUUUUGAAAAAUGUUACGCCCCGGAGGGCUUUAAAUUGGGAUUUUACGGUCCCUUUAAUACAAAAAAUUUAAAUUCCAUAUUCAAUUGAAAUAUCUAUUGCUUCUGUAAUUUCAUUGAAUUAAAAUAUUUCACACAAUAGUUUCAA